AUGUCCCUGUUCAAAAUACAUUUUUCUGCUAGAGGCGACGGAGAAGAAACCGUAAAGUUGAAGUCUGAUGCUCGGAAAGAAUGGCUAAGAGUAAUUCUAAGGACACGAGUAAACACGUCAGAGUUGAAAAAAAGAAUAGAUGAAAAUAAUAUAUUCUUAUGUGAGCUGCAUUUCAAACCCGAGUUGAUUUCUCAACGUAAGUAUCUCUUUAUUUUCUUUGUUUUUGCCCAAAUAUAUGGUAAUUAGACACUUGUCUAGUUGUCUACAUACAUACAUAAACAUUGGUCAUGGGUAAUGGCGUGCAACAAAUUUAUGUUUAUUUCGUUUGUAGAUGCCAAAAGAAAAACUUCGGAAACGGGUGCUGUUCCGACAGAAAAUUUGCCGUCGAAGAGCCACGACUCGAAGCCAAGUAGCCGACGCUCUCUAGUACGAGAGAUUUCUGACGAGACUCCUUCGACAUCUGCUUUGCCGCUUGUUGAUAUCUGUAAAAUCUGUAAAUGUUGUCAACGAAAGUUUUGUUCCACGGGUGAAAGAAAGUAUAUCUCUUCCAUGGGUUAUCAAAAAGUGCAGCGACCUUGAAAUAAGGAUGGAACUUUGGGACAAUAAUUAUUCGCUUCCGAAGUUUGUUUUACACGUCGAUCAAUGUUUGUAAUUUUCGUUGCAUAUUUUUAACUGGCUACUGCCCGACGACCACAGCAUCUACACCGCUCAUCGACGUCGAAUUACCUCUGCUGGAGUUGUUGAACUUUUGCAAUCUCUUCAAGACGAUGACUUCUUCAUAUGCUAAGGACUACACCAACACACUGAAUACCUCACCAACAUUGCAAAAGAUCCUGAUGACCAAACCCAUCCACUCCACCCAUCUGAUGUUGUACGGCAUUCUAUCCCAAAGAGUGUAGAAAUGGAUACAAAUUUUGGGGUUUUAGCUGUUUUUCCCUGUGUUACUUGUCAGGUUUUAGUUCGCAGACAAGACCAAGGUGACGUUAUCUGUGAACCAUGCAAACAGCUACAAAGGAAAAUUGUAGCACAGCAAAAUCGCAGUACACGCCAAUCGAGUGCCCCUGCUAAGGAUAAAGCUCCCCUUACCCGUUGCAGUGCGGACAAGCUAAGAGCAACAGCAGUGGAAAGUCGCGUAAAGUGUUCUUUGCUCGAAGCGAAAGUGAAAAGCCUCCAAGUUCAAAUCGAAAAGGAUUCAAUCACAGUUAGUGAGACUCUUGAAAAGGAUGUGUUGACAAUCAUGGGUGGACAUAACUUUGAAAGCACACCACACAUGAAGUUCUUUUGGGAACAACAAGUCUUGGAGGUUUCAUCCUCAAGUAAUUAGAUUUGCAUUGUCUAUUCAUUGCAAGUCUGCUUCUGCCUCUAGAGAGCUGAGAGACAGUGCUGCCCUCAUAUUGCCCAGUGAACGAGUUGUUCGGGACUACAGAAAUUAUUUCAAACCUGGAGCUGGCAUUACCAAAGAAAACGUUGAGGAGCUCAAAGAAAAAGCAUCGAAGUUUUCUGGGAUUCAUAAGUAUGUGGCAGUGAUCAUGGAUGAAAUGAAGAUCCAAAAGAACCUUGUGUUUGACAAGACAUCUGGCGAGCUCAUUGGCUUCAUAGAUCAAUUGGAGAUCCUUUAA